ACUUUUUCUAAUCGGAGAGCUUCGAAGGGUUCUGAGAUCUCGCGGCUCCUUCGAUCUUCUCCGCUCAACUAUUACCUCCGAUCGUUGGCUUAUGUCUACUGUAACCUCUUAGAUUUGAUUUUGGCGCGUUAUUAGAAACCCCUAACAUCUUUAAACUCACUCGAGGUCUCUCGUGAUCGAUCUAGGGUUUCGCGAGAUCUGAGAUUUCAUAUUUUCCGAUUCACCUUCGCAAUCCAAUUUUUUUUGUUGCUUGGAUUUUGUUUGUGUGUAAUCGUGUGGUAAGAUGUCUCGGUGUUUUCCGUUCCCGCCACCUGGUUAUGUACUAAACGGAAUCCGCGAUGAGGCUGUGAUCGUAUCAUCGAUCAAGGGGGUGGAGGAGAAAGCUAAGAAAGAACAAAGGAGGAAGGAUAGAAGAAGUGAUAAGAAGGAUAAAAAAGAUAAGAAGGAGAGGAAGGAGAAGAAGGAGAAGAAGGAGAAAAAGAGGAAGGAGAGGGAAGGAAAGGAAGUUGGAAGCGAAAAGCGCAGUCAUAAGAGACGGCGUAAAGAAGACGGUGCUAAAGUUGAUCUUUUUCACAAACUAAAAGAAAGUGAAGUCAAUUGUUUGGAGAAGAGCAGCCUUACUGUAGAACGUGAGCUGCUUCAGUCGACGUCCCAAAACUCUUGUGAUAGCACUCUUAACAGCAAUGAGAUGUUACCGAAGCAGAAGGAGGUCCAGCAGCCUCUCGAUGGUAGACAUAACAACAACAACGAGAAGCGGAUUGAGAAGCAGCAGCCUCUCAAUGGUAGACAUAACAACAAGGAGAAGCAGAAAGAGAAACAGCAGCCUCUCGAUGUUAGACAUAACAACAACGACUCUGGUGAGUUUGUUUGUGUUUCUUCCUUCCCCGGGGAAGGAUCUUGUAUUCUUGUUGGGUCUAAUUACCUUAUCAGGACAUUGAUGACAUUCUUUCUUCAAAUUGUUGAUAUGAAUUUGAAGAAAGCAUCAUUCGGAUUCGAUUGCCUAUUCGAAGGCAGAAAGAUCCCGAGGUGAUGAUGACCAAUAAGGAUCAAGAAAAACCAGGUCCUUCUCGGGGAAUAAAGUUAGACUCGUCCCAACUUCCUACUAGAGAGCCGGUUAAUCAACAUCCUUGUUCCACUUCUGCAGCAGAACAUGCUUCGAAGCCACGAGAAGAGAAAAGGAAAGAUCCCAUUUUUAGAGGGAAACACGGUAAAGAGAAGAUAUCCUCAUCCUCUACUCGAGAAACUUAUCAACCUCCUAAAAGCCUAUGCAAUUGCCCUCCAUCCAUGGUGUUGCAAUUCUUGGACGUAGUUGAGAAUUGGGUCCCUAACACGAUCGAGAGAAGAGUAGACCUCAUUAACUCUGAAGAUGAAGAAUGUUGGUGGUCCAUGAAGAAGCCGCCAAGUAGCACCACAGAAAUAUGCAAACAACUUAAUAGAGAGAAUGAGAUCAAGCAAGUAGGCAAUACAAUGGGGUGGCCAUGUGCUCGCCUUUUACCAGAAGCUGAUGUCUACGCCUUACCUUACACAGUCCCGUUCUGAUAACAUCAAAGAGCAGGAAGUUUUUAACAAGGAAUCUGGUCGAGACAUCCAUGUUCUGGACCAGACAGUUUUUUGGUUUAGCCUUAAAAUUCCAAGGUUGUAUAAGAAGAACACACUGUUUGUUAUUCUUUGCGGUUGGUAACCAAUAUAGUAAUAUCAGUAUUUCGUCUCAAUCUCUCUUGUUCUUAUAAUAAUAGAAUGAGAAAUCGAAAUGGAAUUUUCAUGUGAAGUGGAUUAGUAACAUUAUCACAAUUGAUAAAACAUUUGUAAAUAACUAGACAAGCUUUCUCGGCUAUCAGUUAAAAUAGAAGUUGAAUUAACCUCACAAUUCGUUUUGUACGGAACUAAGAGAUCACAAAUGAAAACGGAAAACAACAACAAAAAUGAAAAAGCGAUACUUUUUUAAACCACCCUGUCAUCCUCAUCUCAAAGAGCUUCUUGACUUCCAUGAGUGCUAUUACAAGAUGGAGCAGGCCUUUUGUGCUUUGUUCUUCUUUUUCUUCUGCUUUGGAGGU